AUGGGCAGCUCCGUUGCAGCAUCACUCGACGACGACAUUAAAGAUCUUGAUGUUGCUAGCUUUAUUGAAUCGUUGAUCCAAGAAGAAGCAAGCAUUCAACUUCGCCCAGAAACUACCAAGUUCUUGCUUUUUGCCCAUAAAUACAUACGAUGCCGAGAAAAAAUGGACGCCAAGUAUCUUGAGGUUGAUGAAUUCAAGCAGAUUGCCCAAUUGGAAAAUGUGGAUGUGAAACUAGAAAUCACCGACGAACAUCAGCAACUGGCAACGUCCGGCGAUAGACCCGUUGAAACACUGGACGAGCUAUACGAGGCUGCAGUAGUGGUGGGACCCGUGUACCAAGAUUACAUCAGAAACCUUGUGGAUCAAGUCUGCGAAGCUUGUGGUGACUCUGUUGAAACUGUGGAUGUUCAGUUUGCGUCACUCAAGGGGAAGGAACGUGCGCUGGCAAAAGCCUUUGACGAUUAUUCGAAUCGCACCUUGCCACCUGGAAUAUCAUGGCUGUAUGACAUUGUUCGAGGCAGUAUUAAGUUUGUUUCAGCCGAUCAAGUCUUGAAGUGUUUGGAGAUUCUGCAAAAUGAUCCAUCGAUUGCUAUCAUCAGCGCCAAGAACCGAUUCAAGAAUCCAACACUCACGGGCUAUCGUGAUUUGAAUGUGCACUUUCGUAUGACAACUGAAGGUGGUGUUUCACAUAUUUGCGAGAUUCAGAUUCAUCACAAAGCAAUCAAAGCGCUGUGUACAGAGCUUGAUAGUCACAGCUUAUAUGAAUACUUUAGGAAGUAUUUUGCUGGAGCUACUGGAAAGCUAAAGGAACGCCUAGGCGAUUUGAAACUGGUUGGGGGUAGUGAAAUAAUGAACAGUGAGAACUUGCAAGACCUGCUAGACGAAACCAAUGAGGAGUACCGGUUAAACAGACUUGCUACAUUGUUUCGUGAAUACCUUUGUGAGUUUGGCGUGGCAUUUCGAGUCUAUUGUCGUUUGCUGCAUUUGCAGCUGGAACAAUACGGAGAAGUACACAUCACCGUUGCCUCUACCUACUACCGUAUGGGUCGUGUGUUGGCGGAACAAGGUAGACUCAGCGAAGCUCUAAAGCUGUACAAAGUGGCGCUGAGAAUGUUCAAAGAAAUCCAUGGCAAAGAUCACCCAACGGUCCCAGCAACUUUCAACGAUAUUGGUUGCGUGCUGUGGCUCCAAGGGGAAUUAGAGUCUGCCAUGGAGCUGUUUGAAGAAGCAGCCAAAAUGUUCAAGAAUUGCCGUGGCAUGGAGCAUCCCUACAUCGUCAUUGCGUAUUCCAAUAUGGCAAUGAUACAUAGCUCCCAAGGGAACUACGGCGAAUCUAUGAGGUUGUAUCAGCAAUCAUUGGACAUGAAACGAAAGACAUAUGGUGAAGAACACUCUGAAGUCGCAACGGCUUACAGCAAGUUUGCUCAAGCAUAUUUUGACAUGGGAGGACUGGACAAGGCGAUGCAACUCUAUGAAAUUUCAUUGGAUAUCUACAAGAAGACACUUGGGGAACGGCACGCAGAUGUGGCGACCACGUUGUAUGGUAUGGCUUGUGUAUGGAAGCAGAAAGAAAAUUGGGAUAAUGCAAUGAAACUAUUCCAGCAAUCGCUCGAGAUAUUUCAGAACACUCGAGGUGCGGAUCAUGAAUACGUUGCCAUACUUUAUCGCAACAUGGCGGAGGUACUGCGGGAGCAAAACUAUGCAGAUGCUGCGGAGGAAUUGGAGGAGAAGCGGAUGGCGAUCAGCCAGAAGAUGAAAAGAGAGUCCAAGGUCAUUGCUGCGCCAGAAUUUAUUGGCCGGUAG